GGUCUUUCUUCGACACCGCUGUAGCGUAACUUUCUGCUACUCUUCUUAUAUCCCAAAUACUUUUCCGUUCACGAUGUCAGCCGCUCAGCUACUCAACCCGAAGGCUGAAUCGAGGAGGCGCGGAGAAGCUCUUCGAGUCAAUAUCUCUGCGGGCGAGGGCUUGCAGCAGGUGUUAGCGUCGAAUCUAGGUCCCCGCGGUACCUUGAAGAUGCUUGUAGAUGGUGCGGGCGCAAUCAAACUCACCAAAGAUGGAAGCGUGCUGCUGAAGGAGAUGCAAAUACAAAACCCCACUGCCGUUAUGAUCGCACGAGCAGCCACGGCCCAAGACGAAAUCUGUGGAGAUGGAACAACAUCGGUGGUACUGUUGGUCGGUGAACUGCUGAAGCAGGCAGACCGAUACAUUUCCGAAGGACUGCACCCUCGCGUAAUAACGGACGGAUACGAGAUUGCGAAGAACGAGGCGAUCAAGUUCCUGGACGAGUUCAAACUCAAUAAGGAAGUCGACCGAGAACUUCUGCUUUCCGUGGCCCGGACUUCAUUAUCUACGAAACUCGACAGCAGCCUCGCCGAACAGCUUACCCCAGAUAUUGUGGACGCCGUCCUUGCUAUCUACCAGCCGCCUGCAAAGCCAGAUCUCUUUAUGAUCGAGAUCAUGACUAUGCAACACCGCACUGCCGCAGAUACACAGCUCAUUCGAGGUCUGGCACUCGACCACGGCGCGAGACAUCCAGACAUGCCAAAGAGGGUGGAAAAUGCAUACAUCCUCACUCUCAACGUCAGCUUAGAAUACGAGAAAUCGGAAAUCAACUCAGGCUUCUACUAUUCAAGCGCGGACCAGAGGGAGAAGCUUGUUGAGAGCGAGCGACGAUUCGUUGACGAGAAAUUGAGGAAGAUCGUCGACCUGAAGAAAGAGGUGUGCGGGAACGAUCCGAAGAAAGGUUUUGUGAUAAUAAAUCAGAAGGGCAUUGACCCGUUGAGUCUGGAUGUGCUGGUCAAGAACGGCAUCUUUGCACUCAGGAGAGCAAAGAGGCGGAACAUGGAGCGUCUACAGCUCGUUUGCGGCGGAACGGCCCAGAAUAGUGUGGACGACCUCACGCCAGACGUUCUCGGCUGGGCUGGGCAGGUGUAUGAGCACCAGCUGGGUGAGGAGAAAUACACCUUCAUCGAAGAUGUGAAAGACCCGAAAUCUGUUACGCUCCUCAUCAAGGGACCCAAUGGGCACACUAUCACACAGAUCAAGGAUGCAGUCCGAGACGGACUGCGGAGCGUCUACAAUAUGAUAGUAGAUAAGAGCGUGGUUCCCGGAGGAGGUUCGUUCCAAGUGGCUUGCGCAGCUCAUCUCUCCAGUGAGAACUUCCGGAAGACUGUGAAAGGAAAGGCGAAAUGGGGUGUCACCGCAUUCGCAGAUGCCCUCCUCAUCAUCCCCAAGACGCUAGCCGCUAACUCAGGGCACGACAUCCAGGACUCUCUGGCCGCAUUGCAGGACGAGUACGCUGAGGGCAAUGUUGUGGGGCUGAACCUGGCGACUGGAGAAGCGAUGGAUCCUAUGCAGGAAGGCGUCUACGACUCGUACCGUGUGCUCCGCAAUGCCAUUGCGUCAAGUACCGGAAUCGCGUCCAAUCUACUCUUGUGCGACGAGAUGCUAAAAGCACGGCAAAUGGGACGGCAACCGGAGCCAGGAGAAGGUCAAUGAUAGGCUGCAUGAGGUUCAGGGUGAAAGGAACGAUAGCACACGAUGAUCGUCCAACUCAGAUCGAAUCGCCGUAAGCGACAGAGGUGAAGAUGUUGGAUCGUGGUCCACUCGUGGAGUAGUGACUGUCGGCUUCUAGACAUGCGCAGUGUACAGUAUGAGCCUCGCCGGGUUAAUUGUAUAGAUUUACCCCCUCGCCCUAAUUUGCAAAAAUUAAGCUUAAAUCUUGGAGGAUCCGCUAAGCCUAAUUGGGAGAUGCAGCUGGGGCGAUGAUUGACGCGGGGAAUGUGGAUCCUCAAAAUUCGAAGUUGCUUCAGAGGAAUACC